AUGGGAAAGGCAAUGCACAAGCAGGUUGCAUGGAACCCAGAAAUGGACACUGCUUUACUGCGUGAGGUCGUUCGCGUCGAACCAUACGACGGCGAGUAUGGAACUUUGAUCCUGCGUUGGAAGGCCAUUGCAGGCAGCCUCUCAACGUACUUCGAGGCGGACAUUCCGUACCAUUCGGCGCGGGAGCGCUACGACGGCAUGGUGGACCAGUUCAAGGCUAAGGACAAGGCGCAACGGCUUUGGCGCACUGGAAGCGAUGAAGAGGUCACCGAACAAGUGCAGCUGUUGCAAGACCUGAUCGACCUACGCGACACAGCCGAAAGCACGAAGAAGGCGAAAAAGGACAAGGACCAAAAGCGUCGGGAGUCCUUGGAGUCGACAGGGUCUCAACUUUGUGUCGAAGCUGAGCAGCGAAUGGCCAAACGUCAACGCACAGGUGGGUCUGGCGCAGUACCGACAAAGAAAGAAGAGCAGGAGAAUGGAACGUUUGUCAUUUGA